CAACCGUUAAAAACAUCUUUCCACACUUCUCUCUCUCUCUCUCUGAAGACGACCUACUUGAUCGUUUUCAGAAGCCAAGAUUCGUUGCACGUACAAUCAACAACCCAAGCGUUUGUAUAUUAAGCCACAACUUCAUAUAAAAGCUGGACUGUAUAUCAAUGAAUGAAAACGGGUAUCAGUCAUGGCUGAAAAAACAUCCAUCUGCAUUGGAGACAUUUGAUGAAAUGAUAGUGAGAGCCAAAGGGAAAAAAAUUGUAGUGUUCUUGGACUAUGAUGGAACACUCUCCAACAUUGUGCCAAAUCCAGAUGAAGCUUUUAUGUCCAAAAAGAUGAGAAGGGUAGUAAGUGAAGUUGCGCGUUGUUUUCCAACGGCGAUCAUAAGUGGAAGAAGUCGUGAUAAGGUAUAUGGAUUUGUAAAAUUAGAUGAUAUCUACUAUGCGGGAAGCCAUGGGCUGGACAUAGCAGCCCCCUUUCAGUGCCAGAACAGACCUGUCGAUAAAAAUGGUGAAGAAGUUGUACGUUUCCAACCAGCACAGAUAUACCAGCCUUUGAUUUACAAGAUACUUGAUGUGUUGAAAGAAGAAACCAAUGAUAUAAAAGGUGUCAUGCUCGAAAAUAAUAAAUUUUGUGUUUCUGUACAUUUUAGACAUGUUUCGGAUAAGGACUUUCCGGUGCUAGAAGAAGUAGUUAAGUCUUUGGUAGACGACUUGGGAGAAUUUAGGUUGUCCGAAGGAAAAAAGGUUUUUGAGAUUCGACCUGAUAUCGAAUGGGAUAAAGGUCAUGCUUUGGAGUAUUUACUGGAGACACUUGGAUAUGGAAGUUCAAAUGAUGUCCUCCCUAUCUAUAUCGGUGAUGAUCGGACCGAUGAAGAUGCGUUUAAGGCAAUAAAGAAGAGAGGAAAAGGGUAUUCUAUUGUUGUGUCCACAAGCCCAAAGGACACCAUGGCUUCUUACUCCCUUCGAAGUCCCUCUGAUGUCAAGAAAUUUCUAUCACGUUUAGUUACCUGGAAGAACAACUCUGAUCCAUCAUAAACAACAACCCUAUCUCAACCUACAUAUAUAUACAUAUGUUAAUGUUAAUUAUAUUUUCUUCCAUAAUUAUAAGUUUUAAGUAUGUGUACAAACCAGUGUUUGAAUUCAUUCUUAAGAAAACCUUAUGUUUCAAAAACCAUAUAGACAAGAAACACAGCUAGUUUGUGAAUGUAAA